AUGGGAAACAAUUCCUCAACGGCUAACUUGCCGCAAAAUAAAAAAAUAAGCCAGCUGACGCAGGAAUCUCGGGGACGUCAAGAUUCGAUCACAUCACAACUGUUUCCUAGUAGAAGCGCUGGAAGACAUCCCGAGUCGAAGAAAAUCUCCGGAUGGAAAGGCCGCGUUCUCCCAGGCUCUAGCAAAUUGACGAAUACAAUGUCCACUCCAUCAGCUCAGUCGCCUUUCAGGAACAACUACUCCCUCGACGCGAAGUCUGAAUCUCCUGCACCCUUCGCACUCAAAAAAAGCGCAUUGGGUAAUCCAGCACCUCCCAUGUGUAUAGCGGCACAUGCUAGUGCUGAAGAGUCUUCGUCUUCAUCUCUCAGGGACCACCUAGCAGAGCUUUCGUUGCAAAACUCAGAAGGGCAACCCACAACUGUCACAGCUAUCUCAAGCGCUUCUGGCACGGCACCUGUCCUAAGAAGUCCUGGGCCUUCUACCCCAGUCGUCAAAUCCACCAAAGAAGACGCCCUUUCCGAUCAUCUUUCAAGCAUCCUAUCUCUCAAGAAAUUACUGGUAGAAGGAAGAAUCGGCGACCAAAUUAAUCCCCCUUCAUCGUCUAUCAAUAUACCAAGAAGAUCAAGCACAGCCUUAUCUGAUUCUUACUUAUCUGACGAUGAAGAUGACGAAGAAGCCUUGUUGCAAGGAACGAGCGAUGUAGUUAUCAACAAUUCCUUGCUAGAAAAUGCAAUGAAACGGAAAAGAGAUACUAAAAAGGCCAAUGUCAUAGGAACAUCUUGGAGCUCUCAUGAAACUUUGCAGCAUCCGGGACUUAAGAAACUGAAACCUUUAAGUUCGGAUUCAGAAAGAGUAAAACUCCCUGAUUUCAAGGUUAUGCACGCAAGACGCCCAGAAGAAGAAGAGGAUUCUACAGCCAUACCAAGACUAGUACAAGAUAAUUUCGAUCGAAUCGAUUCUUUCGAGAAGGGUACAGUUGAGCACUAUGAAGGCACUAAUGAAAGCGGUAACAGCUCCCAAAACUUGACGUCAUCAAGCCAUCAGGUCACAAGCUCACAGAGCGAAGCCAUUGAAACACAUGUCAUAGUGAAAUGGAAAGACAAUAUUGUGGAUCCCAAGACUUGUAAAAUGUCUAUCGUUAGUAAGGACAUUUCAUCUGUCUUGGGGCUCCAACAUAGAUCCAAGAAAAUACCAAUGGAAUAUGACACACAGUCUAAAUGCUGGACAGCUGCAAAUCUUUUUUUACCACCCGGAGUGUAUAAGUUUCAGUUUUUGAUUAACGGCGAACUGCGGCAUUCUGAAUUUCUACCAACAGCGACUGACUCGUUUGGAAACUGUGUGAAUUGGUUUGAAGUUGUUUCCGGGCAUGACAUCAUUGAGCCCUCAAGGGACUUGAUAUCAAAAGUUGAUGCGCGCUAUGACAAUCAUGAUUUUACUAUGCAUGACUCAACGUCUCCCAGGCCUCCGAUGAAUUCCGAUGGCUCCUCUUCGUCUAAUUUUAAGGGUUCGGUAAAGAAUGUGGAGCGAACAGGAACUCCCUACUCAGACUACACGGGUCUGUGUAGUAGGUCGGGAUCCUUCAAGCCGUCCUUAAACCAUAGGCACACGAGUAGUCUAGACCUUCUCGCACCUCUUAAACCUAAAAAGUAUGAAUACUCUAGUGAAAUUCCAGAACUUUUCAAGGCGAAUUUCGACGAGGAUUUAGACUUGCCCGCUUACGAAGAAGAUCUUCGCGAUCCUGGCAGCGGCAAAAUCCGUCCAAGCUUUUUGCACCGGGUUCAAGACUGUAAUCAAGACAUACUCUUCGCUGACCUUCAAGAAGAUGGUAAGCUGGACUCACAAGCGGCAGAGAAAGCGUUCUUAGAACAAUACCCAACUCCAGAUCUGCCUGUUUAUUUGGAUUCCUCAUUCCUCAAUGCAGUUUUUAGCCGAUUCCAAAAGAAAAACGAGUCUACCAGUAGAGUGAAUCACAUAGUACCUCAUGUCAACCUCAAUCACCUUUUGACGAGUAGCAUUCGCGAUGAAAUCAUAAGUGUUGGAUGCACGACAAGGUAUGAGGGUAAAUUUCUGACGCAAAUCAUCUAUACUCCGUGCUACUACGGCAACAAGGAAUCUGCAGAAUAG